AUGGUCUUUUCUAGUGAAGCCCCGGAUGACACAGUUCACAAGGUUUCUGUGAUGAAGAAAAGAAGAGAGGCAAUGAAGGUUUGUGGCUUUUUUUUCCUGUUGAGCAUGUUCAGUCCGUUCCUUGAUGCUAAUCCUGGCAUCAAAGUGAAGAUCACACAGAAAGGUUUGGACUAUGGCAUACAGUGUGGAGUAGAUCUCCUUCAGCAAAGAUUAAAGGAAGAAAUCUUUGAGGACAUGAGUGGCCAAGAGACAUAUGGAUUUAGUGGAGUUGACUACACAGUUUCAAAGAUACAGGUCAAUAGUGUUGAAUUCCCAAAUACAUCCGUCUCUCUCAUCCCUGGGAUUGGUAUUAAUCUUCUGAUUAAUGAUGCUAGAGCAACUGUCAAUGCAAACUGGAAAGUAAGAUCCUGGCUGUUCAGAAGUUCUGGAAAGUUGACUGUCUUCAUUUCGGGCGUAUUUCUCACAGCUAUUGUGACAGCAUCUCAGGACAAUGCAGGUCACACUGUACUGUUGCUUGAAAGCUGCCAAGGGAAUGUUGGUGGUAUUGACAUCGAAUUGGAUCAAGAAGCUGGCUGGAUGUAUAAAUACUUUGUUAAUUUUCUGGAGAAGCCUACCUGUAUCAGUUUGACCACAAACAUGUGCCCAUACAUUGGUUUUGAGAUCGAAAGGAUUAACGCAGAACUGAAACAGCGGCAAGUUCGAGCCCAAAUUGAUUCUUUUGCACGAGUAGACUACUCCUUGGUAAACUCUCUAAGUAUCUCCAAGGCAUCCAUUAACUUGGAUAUAAAGGGGACUGUCUAUCCAGUGGGAAACGACACAGAGCCUCCUUUCAAGCCAAAGCCUUUCAUUAUCCCAGAGAAGAAUAACUCCAUGAUCCAUAUAGGAAUCUCAGAGUAUUUCUUGCAGUCUGCAUCACUAGUUUAUUAUGCUUCUGGGGCCUUUGAUGUCUCUAUUGCCAAGGAGCUUUCCUCUUACUUCAGGUUAACCACAAAGGCUUUUGGCAGCAGCAUCCCCAAGGUUGCCCGUCGUUAUGCAACGCCAUAUCCAGUAAUCCUGAAUCUAAAACCUAUUGCUGCACCUGUGAUUGGUCUGCAUAAUGACAGUUUUGUUCUUGAGGCUGCUGGUUCCAUGGAGGUGCUAGCGGUCCUGCCAAACUCAACCACCCAGUCCAUGUUCACUUUGAACAUAACAGCCAUUACCCGUGCCAGCCUGACCAUAUUUGAACAGAAACUGAUACCUUCUUUAUGUCUGGACAGUUUCCACCUCUCUUUGGCCCACUCCAAUGUCGGCUUCUUCAAGGUUUCACUGUUGAAGAACUUCUUCUCUUACAUUUUACGUAAUGGAGUAAUUCCAGCAGCCAAUGCUAAACUGAAGGAAGGACUUCGUCUACUUGAAACAGACAGCAUGAUGCUUGUGGAACCUGUUGUUACAGUUCACCAGGCCUAUUUGCUGAUUUCCACUGACUUGGCGUAUAAUGUGGAAGAGGACCAAGGAGAGUCCGAAGAAUUUUUCACUAUAGAUGCAUGAAACUUCAAGACGACUUCUUGUUUGAUUCAAGAGGAAAGAGAAUGAUAAUGAUUUAAAACACAUUAUCACAUGUGUGUGUGUGUGUGUGUAAAACUAACUUUGAAAGACAUUGAAUAGAUGAAGUAAUAUCUGUUAAUGGCCAACAAACAAUUCAGAAAAUAAUUGCAGGAUGUCAGACAGGAGAUAUUCCAGCCCAGCCUGGGGAUGCCAGGGAUUGUACCUGCAUGCAAACCAGGUGCUCUAGCACUGAGUUCUGGCCCUUCGCCUUGGUAACUGCAUGGCUGGAAGAUGGCAGCAGCCCCAGCCUAUAUACAAGAGGCCAGGACCUGGCAGACUGUUUUCUGAUUCCUGUAUAUAAUCUGGAACGGUGCUGAAAGGGAAACCUCAUGGUAGGAGAUCUCUUCCUUUUAGUUGUAUAACUCAGUGCACACUUCUUAGGAAGUUAAGACAGCUGCAAGACUCUGAUGCUAAUGCUCAACAAGAGAUCAUCCCUUUCACUUGCAAUGAAUUAUAAAGAAAGCUCUUUAAAUGGUCAUACAGUGGUACUGAUACUAUGGAAGAGGAGUAUAAUAGGUAAAGCAGGGAAUGAUAGUCAUUAGAUUUGUGAAGGAGAUUAAAGGGGAUUUCUAUCAUAUGUGGUGGAAAUGCCCCCAAGCUGUAAGCUUUUGGUGUAUGGUGAUUGGUGUGAUCAAUGAAUUUUCCAAAGAGUUACAAUACUGGACCUCUUAUUUUGUCUACUGAGCUAUGUCAAACAUUGUUUUCCAUUGGUAUGUUAGAAGCAGGGAUUACAUAUGGUAUGGACAGAAUGAUGUUUACCAAAUGUUUGAAAGAAAAACGCAAAACUGUUAAAUUUCAGUUGGUUAGGAAAUUGUGGGAACAGCUAAGAAUUAUGAAGUUAACAGUGAUGUUAAUAAACAAGGAAACUAUAGGGAAAUUCAAAAUAGUUGGAACACAGUUACAUGUUUCAUCAAGAGUUAGGAAAUGAUGGGCCAGGGAUUAAUUCAGUUAUGUAGAUUUUCCAUUCAUUAUUGAGUAGUUGAAAGAAUGGUGGUGAUGUUUAUUAGAUGUUAAUAUACUCUUAUGAAUGGAUCUUUUAUAUGCAGUUUUAUAUGCAAUUUUGUAUUGUGCUAUUUUCAGAAUAGAAAUAAAUAAAAAAUUAUACAGAUGCGUAUCUCAAUGCUCCGUGUAGGGACUGUGCCAAUAGUUAGAAGCUGAUAUACUGAAUGCUGAGAUGCUAAAGUAAUAAGGGCCUAUUAAAAGGUAGUAGUCAAAUUGUGGGUUCCCUGAGACAUCCCCAUGAGUUAUUUGUAAUGGUAGGCAAUAUUGGAACAUCUGUUCUAUCAGGACUUCUGUGAUUCAGGGGAAAUCUUACAAUGCUCAUGGAGCUUUUAUAUAUAUAUAUAUGCGUGUGCCUAUAGUAAUAUAAAUGUAAGAAAAUAAAAUAAUGCAUAUGUAGGCUAAGUGAUCUGAUUUAAAUCAUAAAUCUGAUGUACAUAGAACAGCACACUGUGCUGUUCUUUACACCAGUGCUUGGAAUGAAUUAGUUCAAUUGAAGAAAAAAUAUCUUAAAUCUUUUUUUUGUUUGCUGUUUAUGUUUACU